UAAAUCACUGGAAGAUUUUACGUAAAAAUCAUAACGCAGAAAUUAUCCAAAUUCACGCACUCCACGCACUCUGGGCGGCUAACUUUGACUGUGGUUUGGAACGUUAGAAAGUGGCGGUCUUAUCAAAAAUACCAGCACUCAAAAAAUACGUUAAAAUUGGUGUUAUAGAGGUUUUUUGCCUUGACUCAUUUUUCAUCUUGCCCCCACUUACCCUACCUAAUUAAUUUGAUUAGUUCUUGUUUAAUAUUUUUUUAAAUUUAAUAUUUUGGAAUAUAAUGAAUAAAGCACAGUGCCUUCGAAAUGUAUUAGAAAGUAAAGAAUUUAACACAUUACCAAUUUUCUUAAAAGGAGUCGCCAGUUUGAUUGAUGGUGAUGAAAGUAUUAAGUUGGAAUCAAUUAGUUCCUACUUGGUGGAUUCACAAUUUUUAUCUGAACUUAAGGACCCCAUACAUGGUGUAGAUUUCGCUUUUGGCGACUCGCUAAGGGAUGUCAAAUGUACUUUAAAGGACGAAGAGUCAAGGCUUCAUGAAUUAUAUAUAACUUAUGAAGGAGUUAAAAAGUUAAAGAUCACUUCAGGUGAUAUCCCGUAUGCGCCAUUUCUCGAUCAAUGCUUUAGCAAUGUUGAAGAGCUUGUUGGUGCUUUCUUUAGACAUGUCAGAAGCUUACAAAGUUAUUUCUAUGAACUUGAAAAUAUAGAUAAUAAUUGUGUGAUAUUGGAUCCGAUCAAGCCAACUUUUAAGGACAAUUUUAGAAAUAUUCGCAUUGAUGACAAAACAUGGCUGUAUGUAGAAGUAACUCUAGAUGGAUACCCUUCAAAUAUGCAUCUAAUAGGACAGUCUGAAGUAUGGCAAGGAAAAUUACAAAAUGGAAUUUUAAAUUGGGAUCAUGAUAAAAAUAUAGUAGAAAACAUAACAUCCAUAUUUGAUUUAAAUGAUCAUUCCAUCUCCUAUAAAUCAUUAAGUGAAGCUAUAAAGCCAUGUGAUGCAGAAGUGAAAGAUGAUAUAAUAUGUGGAAUAUGUUUCUGUUCUGAGCUGCCUGAUAAUCUCAGUGUACCACAGCCGUUAUGCCAGAAUUUAAAUUGUGAUGUUCACUUUCAUAAAAGCUGUUUGUUCCAGUGGUUGGUUGCAUGUGAAGGAGGAAGGCCUCCGUCUUUUGGAAUAAUAAAUGGUAGCUGCCCUACAUGUCUUCAACCAAUUUCAUGUAGUAAUAAUAACUGAACCACAAGACAAUACAAAAAUAGCAAUGAGAUUUUUUUGUUUUUUUAAGAUGUAUGUCAUAAAUGUUUACUAGUAAUUAAAAAUCUAUAUGUUCA